AUGAAUGAAUUCGUCUCUAUCUUACGACAUGGUGGUACUGUUAGCGGUUGGGACACUCUGAGUUCUCGGUGUGCUUAUUCCGGCCUCCCGCUGCCUGCACUUACAGGAAUCGAUUCGUCAGCUCCUCUUACUUCUGAGUGGCUUUCUCUCGAACUUUCUCCACUGUGCUUGCCUCGACUACCCCUAAGGUUGCAUAAUGCCCGCGUGAACGGUGUCAUAUCGGUAAGCAGAGCCAUCGGAGGUAAUCGUAUCUAUGGCCUUUCGCCCCUGCCAUCACUCUCUGCCUGUCCACUGCCCUACUUUCAUUCAACGCCUUCGAAAGUCCAAGAUAGCUCAGCCAUUAUGCCUUUGUCGCAGUUAACCUCUUUAUCGACCGAUAGUCAUCUGGAAAUAUCUACCAAAAAAUCAUUAGAACUUCUUUCAAUAAGAUCCCAAAACAAACCAGAAAUGGUGCCAAUUGAAACAGUAAAUGGAUUACUUCCAAGGCCUUCAUUUCAAACAGCAGCUGCAUCUGAGCAAAUCGCAGCAUCAGUUUCAGAUGAUGUAGUAAGUUCAGCAUUUGAAUCAAGCGUUCCAUUCCAAACACUUGUUUUGGCAACAAAAAUUGAUCCGCCAUCAUCAUUUCGACCACUCUUUACUUCCGAUCCUAGUAACAUAGGGCGGAAUUCGCCACUUUGCUUGUUGCUUGCGUCUGACGGCCUCUGGGACGUCUUCCCUCGCGGACAGGAAUUAGCCGAGCUGGUAGAGCGGCAUUAUCGUCUUAGGUGUGCAGCCGCUUAUUCCAUGCCCACUUCAAACGGUUCUAAACUGCCCCGCCUAGCUAGUGAGCUGGCUCGACUAGCUAUUCAGCGCGGAUCGUCAGAUAACGUGACCUGUCUUGUCGUCUGGCUGGCCGGGCACGAUAUUGACCUGCCUACAUCACCUGUUCUUUUUGCUGCCGUGGAGGCCAUCAGCCAUGCUCAGCUAGUCGAAUGGCCACGAGGUAGCCGGGCUGCAUCACAGCUCUCUCUCUCUCCAGGCUCCAAUAGUUUGCCGGCCUGGCAACUAGAUGUGCGUGGGCCACGGCUCUCCACCUUUUAUAAUAUGUCUAGGCAUUGGGUUACCUCCGCUCCUAUUGAUGCCAUCUCUGAACUCUUGCCUAGGAAGCCAGCAGAUCCUUUAGUUCAGAAUUCAUCCUACGCGGAAUCAGCAGUCUCUGCCCCUCUUAGACAAUCGAGAUCCAUGAGACGUCGACCGGCCUCUCUUGAUAUGGGACGAGCUACUGGAAUGAUGAAAUCCUCAAGUCCCUUACGUAUUUUGCUACCACCUGAUAUUUAA